AGAUAUCCUGUGAUUUUCGUGCGAAGAUGCGGAGAGGACGACCGCCUGGACGAGUGGCGACAAGUUCUCAGCAACCUAAAGAGGAGUACGUAGUUGAGCGUAUUAUUGAUCGGAGAUACAGGAAUGGGAAAAAGGAGUAUUUUCUUUCAUGGAAAGGUUACCCUCCCGAGUACGAUUCAUGGGAACCAGAAGACAAUUUGGACUGUCCUGAUUUGGUCGCUCAGUUCGAAGUGGCGCGUGCGCAGAAUCAGCAAACAAACGAAAAAGAUGAAGCCCUGGAUAAACUGAAUGAUCCAUCUCCAGGCAUUCGUCGAAUUCGAGGAUUUUCGGAAGGCUGGAAGCCCGAAAAAAUUUUGGCAGCAUCCAAAUACGAGGGAGACCUUAUUUUCCUAAUGAAAUGGGAAGGCCACGACGAGACUGAACUUGUUCCUGCGAAAGUUUGCAAUCACAAGUGUCCGCAAGUCGUGAACAGGAUGUUCAAUUCCGUUUGUGGCGAUAUUCUCACGGCCGGAUUGCAAAAGGUGUCCGACAGGCUCGAAUCCCUGUUGAGAGAAAUAAAGCACCAGCUUCCUAAGCGGGAAUCAGGUCGAAUGAAUCAUCCUUUGGCUGAACACCUCAGAAUGCUAAACGUGCUGGACUCCAGAAUAACCUUCCUCAAGAUGACUUACAGACGAUUCAUGGAAGCAAACCUGUGCCCAUUCAUCCCAGGAAAGGUUUUAGAUGAAAUGGUUUUCGUGUUGGACAUGGUGGGUACUAAAAAGAAGCUAGUUGCCGCGGAUAAAGUGAUGGAUUCGCUUCGGGAUUAUUCGUCCAUGGCAAUAGAGCAUUUUGAAGACGAAAUAGCUCCCAUCUUCACCUCUGAACAGAAAGAUCUCGACGUUUGUACGAGCGUUCAGAAAAAGUGCAAAUAUGUGGCUCCCUUGAUGAUGUCACCAGCGCUUGGGAUCAUUGAUGUCAAGAUUGCUCAAUCGUCAGGCACUUUCUCUGGCGCAAAAUCAAUGAGCAAUUUUGCUUCGGAAAAAUUAUUAUUGGAACGUUCACCUGCUGAUUUGCUAGUCCGUAUGCGGUUGAAUGCGAACUCCGUGAUGGAAUCGUUUUCAAGUAUUCGGACAGACCUGGAGAAGUUGGAGACCAGAUGCCAGCCUUCUUGUGUUGAUAAUCCCUCAAGUUCCAUUCCACAACUUGUGGAACGAGAGCGCAACAUCAAGAUGCGGUUGCAAACCUUGGAAAAGCGACUGCUGAAGAAGGAACUUGCACCUGUGAAAGUUCUUGCCAAGAGACCGCAUGCAUCCGAGUGUCUUGAUGCUUCGAGGAAACCGAAAAUUCCUCGUGGUUUGUCCGAAAUUCAGAAGUGAUCCAUUCCGAUACUCAUUUUUCUCAGUCAACCAAAGUAUUUGGUGAAUUGUUUAUAGACUUUGUGAUUGUUACAAUUGGUGAUUGCUAUAAAAUGCCCGGAAAAGAGCCCUUUUCAUACA